GGGCGUGGCCAAGUCGUGGCUGGACCGGGGAGGGCCGCGGCCGUCCGGGAACUUGGCCGGGACACAAUGCGGAGUUCCCCUGGGUGCGCGCGGCUACAGGGGCCGGGUACGGAGAGUGCACCCAGGGCAUGCUGGGACCGGAAGGGACUUGCGACCGACCCGCGGCCUGCCCCUUGAGUCGCCUCCCGGGUGUGGCCCGGGUGUGACUGCGUCCUCCUCCCGACGUGCUGCGGUGCGCCCAGCCGCUCGAGUUCCCACCCCUUUCUCGGAAAGAAAAUGUCAGCAGAAUUGGGUGACUGUUGUACGGCACGCCGCUGAGCCUGCUGGGACUACGGGAAGGCGCCAGGCUGGUGUCCCGGGUCUCCGGCAUCCGGGCCAAGGCUGCCCACGGACUUCACCCGUUUUGGGUGGGGAGGGAGACGUCGUGGGUACUGAUCUGAUUGUCGGUUCCGAAAGUCGAAGUCUGCGGCAGUUGUGGCCGGACAAAUCUUCGCUGGCCUGUCCUGCUUUUGGUUUCAAAUAGUGCCCUUUGUUAGGACAGUUCUGUAUUGUCGCUUUUAGCCCUGGUGAUGCAGGAUUAAACAAUCCAAAAUGAGGAGCUUCCCACUUGCCCGGGUCACUCGAAGGACUUUGACAUCCACUACGAAGUACAACAAACAAAAUACAACUUCUGAGUCCCAUCAUCAUUCAGCUUGGAGAUCAGGAUUCAUCUCUGAUCUGCUGCUCCGGUGCCAUGCCUGCAGCUGUGCUCCUGCUAUGAUGAUAAUAGACUGAACCUCUGAAACUGGAAGCAAGCAAGCACCAUUUAACAACAGUUAAAUGAACAAACCUGGAGGCAGGCAAGCCUGUAGGAGGCAAUGUUUGAAUAACUCUAAGAAGACCAGACAGGGAAAAUGUCGGCCCUCAACUGGAAGCCCUUUGUGUAUGGAGGGCUGGCCUCCAUCACAGCAGAAUGUGGCACAUUUCCAAUUGACUUAACUAAGACACGGCUUCAGAUUCAAGGUCAGACAAAUGAUGCCAACUUCCGAGAGAUCAGGUACCGAGGGAUGCUGCAUGCACUGAUGAGGAUAGGCCGAGAAGAAGGCCUGAGGGCGCUGUACUCAGGGAUUGCACCGGCAAUGCUGCGCCAGGCCUCCUAUGGAACCAUCAAGAUCGGCACGUACCAGAGCUUGAAGCGAUUAGCUGUGGAACGCCCAGAAGAUGAAACCCUGCUGAUCAAUGUUGUGUGUGGAAUUCUGUCUGGAGUCAUAUCCUCAGCUAUUGCUAAUCCGACCGAUGUUUUGAAAAUCCGAAUGCAAGCACAGAACAGCGCCGUUCAAGGAGGGAUGAUAGGCAACUUCAUUAGCAUUUACCAGCAGGAAGGGACAAGAGGACUGUGGAAGGGAGUGUCCCUCACAGCCCAGAGGGCAGCCAUUGUCGUCGGUGUGGAGCUUCCAGUCUAUGACAUCACCAAGAAGCACCUGAUACUCUCAGGCCUGAUGGGAGACACUGUCUCAACGCAUUUUCUCUCAAGCUUCACCUGUGGCCUGGUAGGGGCCUUGGCCUCAAACCCAGUUGAUGUUGUGAGAACCCGCAUGAUGAACCAGAGAGUCCUUCGAGAUGGCAGCUGCUCGGGCUAUAAGGGUACCUUGGAUUGUCUAUUGCAGACGUGGAAGAAUGAAGGGUUUUUUGCUCUAUAUAAAGGAUUUUGGCCAAAUUGGUUGCGCCUCGGUCCUUGGAAUAUCAUUUUCUUUUUGACUUACGAACAGCUGAAGAAACUGGACUUGUGACCACACAAGUCAUUGUUCUGACAAGCCAACUCCCAUGACGGUUAGGACCUCCUGUGCUUCUGGCUGCUUCUCACUGCACAGCUCGUCACAGCUUCUGGGAUGGGAGCAAUGGAUGAAGACCACGUUCUUCAGCUUGCCGUGUGUUGGCGCUGGAUGCUUUUCAUCUGUGUUCAGAGCCGAGAGCAUAGUAACAUCCAGUCACUGGUGGUUACCAUUGAAGUGCCCUUGACAUCCUAGAUACCUGAUGUACAUAAUACAUCUUCCUUGCUGUAGAAACCUUCCAGGAAAUCAGACCCGUGUGCUGCUUUCUUCCUGGAACGCAGCCUGGCUGGCUCUGGGCUUCCAGCUGUGAACACCAGCCACUCUGAGAAGGCUCCUGGAGUGGUGGAGUACUGUUAUCCCUCUCCCGUUGAGAGCUUUAGUUUCCUGUCAGUGAAGAGACUUUUACCCCCUAGCCCUGGACAGUUGCAGGAAGUAGGUCUUUAGCAUCUUGCACUGUUUUAUGCAGAAUCUUUCACUUACAGUAAGACUUGACCUUCGUGAAGUGAUAUUGUUGCCCUAUGAUUUUUUUUUUAAGCAAGAUUUAUUAUUUCCAAACCAAUCAAAUGGGGAUAAUCGUGGUUUGUGAAGUAGGGGUUAAAUGAAGGUAAAAUGGCAGAGGCUGCUGCAUGAAGGAUGAGUAUGUGUGUGUGUGUGUGUGUGUGUGUGUGUGUGUGUGUGUGUGUGUGUGUACACAUCUGUCAGUAAACAGUUGGUCGGCCAUAGGGCUCUCCUGGUCCUGGGGACCAAAAGCCUUUGUUAAAUAAAGAACCCUGCAGGUGAAGAUUUUUUUGUUUUUUGUUUUUUUUUUUUUUCCCGAAACAGGGUUUCUCUGUAUAGCCCUGGCUGUCCUGGAACUCACUCUGUAGACCAGGCUGGCCUCGAACUCAGAAAUCCUCCUGCCUCUGCCUCCCAAGUGCUGGGAUUAAAGGCGUGCCCCACCACUGCCCGGCGCAGGUGAAGUUUUUUUAGUCAGCUAGUGAAUUGAAGGGGUGAGGCUCCAGUGUUUUAGGCUUUACUUUAUUUUGAGGUGAGUUUGUUAACAAAUAAACAAACAACAGAAAUCCCUUUAUCUGAGAUUUUCCUAGUUAAUUUCCUUGAAAUUUAGGGGAAAAAUUACUUUCUUCCUUCCUCUUCAUUUUUGUGAUGUUGGGGCUCCAACCCUUGUGCAUUCUGGGUAUCUUCCCCACACUGAGCUCCACUCCAGCCCACAUCGAUGGCCUGAGUGCUUGUUUAUCUCCAUUCUGAUAAGAGCUAUGUGACAUCCUCUACCUAGUUUUGUUUCUCCCGAGACAGUGAUGAAACCUCUUAACCUUUCAAAGCAAAGACUGUCUCUUAAGAGCCAACAGCUUGCUAGAAGGGUGCCCAACGCCUUCAGGU